AAAACAUUUUUCAGUUGUUGUUGUGUGGGGAUACCGAGCAUUCAGGCGUUGAUAUUAGACGGUGUUUUUAGUUUGUGUCUAUUGUCGUCGUCGUUUCGUCAAAUAAGAAAACAACAGUACACUACACUGCUUCUUUGCGACGGGCAUGAAGAAUUAAUGCAGACAACAACCUCUCAAAUUACCAAAUUAGGAUAUACAAAAAUUCCGAGUUUUUUCGUUGUGCCAAAAGGCAUAUUUUUAAGUUAAUAAAACAAUCGCCGCCGUGCUGUGUGUAAAAGUGAAACUUAUAAAUCAAGAAUUAUGCAAAAUCAUAAAAUGUCUUUAAUAACAAAAAAGCAAACACCUUCAAAAUGUCAUCACAGCAGUUCUCCUCGUUGUUGUUGGUAUCUACAACAACGUCCAUCGCAAAUUGCAUAUUCUUGCUUGUUGUUAUUUUUGGUCAUAUUCAAUACGAUUGAGGUCUCGUCGUCUUCGUCUUUUUCGGACAUUAACAAUAUGCCCACCUCCACAGCAAUGGGUGAGCAGCAGCAGCAGGAAGAGAGUGAUAUGUUUUCCACUGACGUUGAAUUUUCGCACAAAGAAGCAACAGCUGGUACAACAAAUCUAAAAGGAAAAUUAGUUUUUGCCCAUGUGAUCUAUCGCCAUGGAGACCGUACACCCAUUGAACCUUAUCCCACAGAUCCUUGGCGUAAACCGGAAUUUUGGCCCACUGGCUGGGGUCAAUUGACAAAUACUGGCAAACAACAACAAUAUCAUUUGGGACAAUGGCUGCGUAAACGUUAUUCCAGUUUGUUGAGUAAAACCUAUAACAAAGAUGAAAUUUAUAUACGAUCAACAGAUGUAGAUCGUACAUUGAUGAGUGCAUUAUCAAAUUUGGCUGGAUUGUAUGAGCCGGUGGCCAAAGAUGUAUGGAAUCCGGAUAUAAACUGGCAACCAAUUCCCGUACACACUAGCCCAGAAAAAUUAGAUUCGGUCCUUGCUGGCAAAGCUGGCUGUCCCGCCUAUGAAUAUGCUUAUUCUGCGCUGUUAGAUUCACCCGAAUUCCAAAAACUUAACGAUCAAUAUGCCUACCUGUAUAAUUAUCUUACCAAAUACACGGGUCGCACCGUUGACACAUUAGAGGAUAUACAACGAAUUAAUAACACUCUAUUUAUUGAAGAACUUUAUAAUAAAUCCCUGCCCGAAUGGACUAAGAAAAUAUAUCCAAGUGCCGAUAUGACAGCAGUGGCUGCAUUCACAUUUAGUAUUUCCACAUAUACACGUCAGUUGGCCCGCUUGAAGUCGGGUCCUCUAAUCAAGGAAAUGCUACAACGCUUUGUGGACAAAUCCAAGGGUAAAUUAAAUCCUGAUCGUUCGGUUUGGAUAUAUUCGGCUCAUGAUACGACGGUGGCAAAUGUUUUGAAUACUUUGAAAUUGUUUGAUGUCCACAGUCCACCCUAUACAGCCUGCAUUUUAUUGGAAAUGCGUUUGAAUGAUAAAAAUGAACCUUUCAUUUCGAUUUUCUAUAAAAACAGCACAGCUGAACCGCAACCAAUGCUUAUACCAGAUUGUGGCAUAGAAUGCCCUCUGAAUAAGCUCUUUAAUAUUUACAGUGAUAUUUUACCUCAGGAUUGGGAUAGCGAAUGUAAACUUUCAACUCUUAUGAUGACCUAUGAAGAAGCCAAUAUUGGUACUGCAAUGGGUAUUUUGGUGGCCAUCAUUACAAUAAUGCUCUUCCUGUCAUAUGUGGUUAUGGUUUACUACAGGCGACGCAGUUAUAAAAAUUAUUUCUCCUAUACACAGGUGGCUUAAACAAUUUUUUUACUGUUGUGUUUCAAAAUUCUUCUUUUCGUUCUUUUCUAUUUGCAAUGACUAACCGAAAUUCUUUCUUUACAAAAUUUCAUUUUUGGUUCAAAUCAACUUCUUUGGAAAACCCACAACACUAAUAGCCACAUAAAUUGGAUGCCUAAAAUCAAACAAUCAAUCAGCCAAACAUCACUAUGAAAGUCUAACAAACGAAAUAUCACAAAUCUCAAGCACAGAAAUCCUGCAUCUUAUUUUUCAUUUAUUCAUUAGCUUACAUAUUUAAUUUCUUUAUCUCGUAGCUAUUAGAAAUUUUAUUUGUUAUUGCAUUUUGUUAUAUGAAAGAGAAGAAAAUAAUUGUUGCAUUUAUUAUUAUGAUUAUGAAAAAACAAAACAUUUAUUUACAAGUCUGUUUUAAAAUAAGUUUUAAGAAUAUUAUUCAAAACCAAACAAAAAACUUAGACAAAAACAUAACGCAUAGAGACGGAAAACAAGUCAUUUACACAUUGUGAUUCACAUUUUCAUUAUUAGUAGGAAACGAAAAAAAAAAAAAAAAACAAAAAAAUAUUUAUAAAAUAAAUCGAAAUAUUCAGGAAAUGGAGAUUUUUUCUAAAUGUUAUCAUUGUUUUAUUAGCAUUAUUCAAUCGUUAAAAAAAACUCUAAAAAUUAUAGGUGUCCUUUACGAUCUUUUUUUAUAAUCUAUAUCACAUAUUUACAAUUGUUUUUAUAAUCUACAUUACAUAUUUAUAAUGACUGUAUAUUACAGCAACGCUUUCUUUCGCAAGUUUUUGCAUUUACAUUUUUGAUUAUUUUUGAUGAUGAACCAUUUUCUUUAUUUCUCUAGAUAGGUCCGUGUUAGUAGCACAAGAGUGAUGUAGAUUAUAACGUAAUUAUUUUCUUUUUAUUUUCAUAGCCUUUUAAUAAUUAUGCAUUUUUUAUUGGUUCAUCUUUCGACCUUUCGAUCUGUAAUUUCUCUUUUUGAUAAGACUGUUGAUUUUUUUAAAAAUGUAGUUUUUUAAACGUACCUCUACAUCAUAUACCUAACAGAUUUAUAGAUAUAUAUAAAAUUUUAAAAUGAUAUCUCUAAUAAAAUGAAACAUUAAUCCAAAUAUAUGAAUAUUACAGAACUUUUUAAAAUAUUAUUAUUAUUAUAAUGAUUUUCAAAACAAUAUAUAUAUAUUAAAAUGAAAGAUAUUACAAAUUAUAAAAA